UCGAGCUAUUGCAACCAGCAACAGAAACUGAAGCUGAAAAAUGGUGAAUCAGAAUAGCAGAGCUACCCUUCGCUUGCUCACACGCUCCUUCAACCCGUUCUUCCAUCGCCGAAGGAACACAGCUCUUCUCCCUUCUGCAACGCCGUAUUCUGAUUUUACUUUGGGGACAGGUUUUGAUGAAAACUGCAGACAGUUACAACGGAACAUAGUUCGUGGGGAGUGUAAAGAUUUGUCUUUUUUCAAUCCAUUAAGAAAUUUCUUGAAAACUAAACAACUGGGUGUUGGAAUUACGAGUGGAAUUCAACAUAAGUGUUAUGGUUCAAUGGCUGGGUUGGUUGAUAGGAACCCCAGAUUCUCAAAGUUGAACGAUGAUGAUGUUAGAUACUUCGAGGGGAUAUUGGGUAGCAAAAGUGUCAUACAGGAUGAGGAAAAGCUCAUCCCCGCAAACACUGAUUGGAUGCAUAAAUACAAAGGCUACAGUAAGCUCUUGCUACAACCACGGAGCACUGACCAGGUUUCUGAGAUUCUUAAAUACUGUAACUCCAGAUGUCUGGCUGUUGUUCCCCAAGGUGGAAACACUGGUCUUGUAGGCGGAAGCGUACCUGUCUUUGAUGAAGUGAUUAUCAGUCUUAGAUCUAUGAAUAAUAUCAUAUCUUUAGACAAGGUUAGUGGAAUAUUGGUAUGUGAAGCUGGGUGCAUAUUGGAAAAUAUAAUAUCAUUCCUGGACAAUGAAGGAUUUAUUAUGCCACUAGACUUAGGUGCAAAAGGGAGUUGCCAGAUUGGUGGAAAUGUUUCAACUAAUGCUGGUGGUUUGCGUCUUGUUCGUUAUGGAUCCCUUCAUGGAAACGUACUUGGUGUUGAAGCUGUUCUAGCGAAUGGUACUGUACUUGAUAUGCUUAAGACAUUGCGCAAAGAUAAUACUGGCUAUGAUUUGAAACAUCUAUUUAUAGGAAGUGAAGGUUCCUUGGGAAUUGUUACGAAGGUUUCAAUACUUACUCCACCAAAAUUAUCUUCAGUGAAUGUGGCUCUUCUUGCUUGCAAAGAUUAUAGCAGCUGCCAGAAACUGCUACAGGAAGCAAAAAGGAAACUUGGGGAGAUUUUAUCUGCAUUUGAAUUUUUGGAUAGCCAGUCUAUGAAUUUGGUUCUGAAUCAUAUGGAAGGUGCUCGGAAUCCAUUACCUAUGCCGCUGCAUAACUUUUAUGUUUUGAUUGAGACAACUGGCAGUGAUGAAUCUUCUGACAAACAAAAGCUUGAAGCAUUUCUACUUGGCUCCAUGGAAAAUGAAUUGAUAUCUGAUGGUGUUCUUGCACAGGACAUAAACCAAGCAUCAUCUUUUUGGCUUCUACGUGAGAGUAUACCAGAGGCAUUGAUGAGAGCCGGAGCUAUUUACAAGUAUGAUUUAUCGCUACCUGUUGAAAAGAUGUACAAUCUUGUCGAAGAAAUGCGCUCUAGACUAGGUAAUGCAGCUAAUGUAGUUGGCUAUGGUCACCUUGGAGAUGGUAAUUUGCAUUUAAACAUUUCUACUCCUCGGUAUGAUGACAAGAUUUUAUCACAAAUUGAGCCAUUUGUGUAUGAAUGGACAUCUAAGCACGAUGGCAGUAUUAGUGCAGAGCAUGGUCUGGGACUAAUGAAAGCUAACGAGAUUUUCUACAGCAAGUCACGUGAAACUGUGCAACUGAUGGAUUCAAUCAAGAAUUUGAUGGAUCCCAAUCACAUACUCAACCCAUAUAAAGUUCUUCCUCACUCUCUCAUUUCCUAGUCUUACGAGGGAAACUUUGAUCUUUUGUUUGUAUCUUUGCUCACUUCCCUUAAAAGUGAGAUAUGGUUUGCUUCUUUGAUUUCCUUAGAAUGCUUCCUUCAUUUGCUGCUAAAUAAUAAUUUACUGUUCGAAACCCAAAAAAAGAAAA